AUGCUGUUUAAUUUGAGGAUCCUGUUGAACAAGGCAGCUCUUAGAAACGGUCACAGUUUCGCGGUUCGAAAUUAUCGAUGUGGACAACCACUACAAAAUAAAGUACAGCUAAAGGGUCGUGACCUCCUCACUCUAAAGAACUUUACAGGAGAAGAAAUUAAGUAUAUGCUAUGGCUAUCAGCAGAUCUGAAAUUCAGGAUAAAACAGAAAGGAGAGUAUUUGCCUUUACUGCAAGGAAAGUCCUUAGGCAUGAUUUUUGAAAAAAGAAGUACUCGAACAAGAUUGUCCACAGAAACAGGCUUUGCACUUCUGGGAGGACACCCUUGUUUUCUUACCACACAAGAUAUUCAUUUGGGUGUGAAUGAAAGUCUCAUGGACACAGCACGUGUGUUGUCUAGCAUGACAGAUGCAGUGUUGGCGCGAGUGUAUAAACAAUCAGAUCUGGACAUCCUGGCUAAAGAAGCAUCCAUCCCAAUCAUCAAUGGGCUGUCAGAUUUGUACCAUCCUAUCCAGAUCCUGGCUGAUUACCUCACUCUCCAGGAACACUACGGCUCUCUGAAAGGCCUUACCCUCAGCUGGAUCGGGGAUGGGAAUAACAUCCUGCACUCCAUCAUGAUGAGUGCAGCGAAAUUCGGGAUGCACCUUCAGGUGGCUACUCCAAAGGGUUAUGAGCCUGAUCCCAGCAUAACCAAGUUGGCAGAGCAGUAUGCCAAGGAGAACGGUACCAAGCUGUCACUGAUGAACGAUCCAUUGGAAGCGGCUCGUGGAGGCAAUGUAUUAAUUACAGACACUUGGAUAAGUAUGGGGCAAGAAGAGGAGAAGAAAAAGCGGCUCCAGGCUUUCCAGGGUUACCAGGUUACAAUGAAGAUGGCUAAAGUUGCUGCUUCUGACUGGACAUUUUUACACUGCUUGCCCAGAAAGCCAGAAGAAGUGGACGAUGAAGUGUUUUAUUCUCCACGAUCACUUGUAUUCCCAGAGGCCGAAAACAGAAAGUGGACAAUCAUGGCUGUCAUGGUGUCCCUGAUGACAGAUUACUCGCCUCAGCUCCAGAAGCCAAAGUUUUAA